AGGCGGUUGGAGCCGUUGAGACGGUUCGGGGAGACGGUUGGGAUGCGGUUGCUGCCGUUCGUACCAUGCGGCUCUUCGGGGGGUUGCGGUUUCCCCAAGUCCCGGUCCGGACGGCCAGUAAAAAGACCAAGAAGAAGGAAGGAGAUAUUUUGCGAGCCCAGAAAGCUUCAUCCAGUGUUUUCUCCAACUUUGAGCAGACACAGAUUCAAGAAUUCAAGGAAGCUUUCACAUUAAUGGACCAGAACAGAGAUGGAAUCAUUGAUAAGGAAGACUUGAAAGACACUUAUGCCUCUCUGGUAUAAAGCGUUUGCUGAUGUCACAAGCAGACAAGAUGACGGCUGAAGAGGUAGACCAGAUGUUCCAGUUUGCACCUAUCGAUGUUGCCGGCAAUUUGGAUUACAAGGCUUUAAGAUACACUAUUAUACAUGGGGAGGAAAAGGAAGAAUAAACAGGAUCCUUUGG